AUGCGGGAGUGGAAAAAGCUGCAGAUCGAUGAUGAGGGCAUUCUCCGCCGGAGAGCUGGUCCAGUACUGCAAGUAGUGCUCCCGAAGGAAUAUAGAAACAUUGUGUACCAAGAACUACAUGACAAAAUGGGCCAUCUGGGAGCAGACAGGGUUGUCAGCCUGGCAAGACAACGGUUCUACUGGCCAAAGAUGCAGAGAGACAUAGUUGAAUACUGUACCUCCAAGUGUCAGUGCAUUAAGCGCCGGAAGCCAAACAUUCCAGACAAAGCCCCACUUACUAACAUCAUCACCACUGAGCCGCUACAACUGGUGUCCAUUGACUAUGUCCACCUUGAAAGGAGCAAAGGUGGAUACGAGUACAUGUUGGUGGUUGUGGACCAUUUCACACGGUUCGCUCAAGCAUAUGCAACCAGGAACAAGUCAGGGAGAACAGCGGCAGAGAAGCUCUUUAAUGACUUCAUUCCUAGAUUUGGGUACCCUCUCAAGAUUCACCAUGACCAGGGAGCAGAGUUUGAAAAUAGGUUGUUUCAACGCCUACAUCAGCUGAGUGGAGUGUCGCCCUCGAGAACAACCCCGUAUCACCCCCAGGGGAAUGGUCAGGUGGAGAGGUUUAAUCGGACUUUGCUAGCGAUGUUACGUGCUCUCCCAGAAUCCCAGAAAACAGAUUGGAAGGCGUCUCUUAACAAAGUGGUUCAUGCGUACAACUGCACCCGACAUGAGAGCACUGGGUAUUCGCCUCACUUUCUGUUGUAUGGACAUCACCCCCGCCUGCCAGUGGACCUUAUGUUCGGGAUUGAAGACAAGGAGAAUGAGGUUCAAUCGUAUCCUGAGUAUGUCAAGAAAUGGAAACGUGGCAUGCAGGAGGCCUACAGGAUUGCGAGUCAGCAUGCCAGGAAAACAGGUGCAAAAGGGAAGAAGCAGUACGACAGAAAGGUGCACGGUCUCAGUCUGUCCAGUGGUGACCGGGUCCUUGUUCGAAAUAUGACGGACAGAGGAGGACCGGGCAAGUUGCGUUCCCACUGGGAGGACAAAGUCCACAUCAUUGUGAAGCAGAAGGGGAAAGAUAUUCCAGUGUAUGAGGUACGCCCAGAAUGCAGAGAAGGAAGGUCAAGAGUGUUACAUAGAAAUAUGCUACUACCGUGUGACGGACUGCCUCUAGAGGUUCCAGUGGACAAACAAAGCGAAGAGAAAACACCUCAAAGAGAGGACAAGAGGAGUGAUAAUGAGGAAGAAGAACUUGCAGACAACAGAGUCGAAAUUGGAGCUGAACAAGAAGACCAGAGAGGAAGUACAGGUAGUGAAAGGGAUGAAGAAACUGAUGUUGAAGUUGAGUCUGAGGACCAGCCCUGUGUGUCUCAGGGUGCUGAGGAUGUUCCAGACCCAGCAGAAGCAGAAGAGAACAGACCAAGACGAAAUAGGAGACCACCACGGACUCUCACAUAUAAUGUAGGUGGACAACCAGGCUACUUGAGAGUACCAACAGUGAACACAGUAAAUGCAGCAGAGUGGAAUGUAGGGACACCAUGGCCGCUGAACACGUGGAACGCGGGAGCAGGGCAUCCGGGGCAAUUAUAUCAGUCGUGCCUUCACUGUGGACAGUUAAUACCGAUAAUUCGCAUGUACGCACCCAGCUAA